GGGUGGGCACUUCGGUUAUUUUAUCGGUUCGGUUCGAGUUCGGUUCGGUUUGGUUAGUUUGGUUCUAGAAUUUUUCCAGCUGAAAUAAACCAUAGUUAAUUUGGUUUGGAUCGAUUUCGGUUCGGUUAUGUUCGGUUCGGUUUAUAUUCGGUUUGGUUUGUAUUUGAUUCGGUUUGUAUUUCGGUUCGGUUUCAUCAGAUUUUUCUUAGUUUAGUUAUUGUACAAGAAAUCUUUUAAAUGUAUAGUUGUCAUGAAAUAAUCGCGUUGGUCAUAAUAAAAAAUUAAGUAUGUAAAUUAAAUUCAAUAUAAAACCAAAAUAAAAACCUUUUAAAAAGUUACAAAUAUAGUUUAUAACUUUAUAAGAAUUCAAUCAAACGAAAAUUACCUAAAUAAAAAGAAAAAAAAUAAUAUUGUUGUCUCUUAUAGCAUUAAGAAUUAAAAAAAGCCUGGAAUGAAUCAUCUUCCAUGUGAUAUCAUAAAAAAACCUGCAACAAAUCAUCAAAUACUAUACGAGUAUUUAUCUAUAUUUUUACUAUAACUCUACACCCAUGAUGAUUCCAUAUUGUUCUUUUCACUAACUAAAAUUGAAAACAGAACACGUCUUUGAGAGAAUUUGAAAUUAUUAGAAUUGACACCACCAAAAGGAAAAAUAUGCAGGAAGGAGAAUAGGAGACGCAGAAAAGAAAUGCAGCAGGGAACAUUUUUAAUUUAGGAUUUUAAUAUCUUGAUAUUACUAAUAUUUUUAAUUUAAAUAACUAUAAAAACAUUUCGGUUUAUCGGUUCGGUUCGGCUUAAACCGAACUGAACUGAACCGUUCGGAUUGGGAAAAUCUUCAACUGAAUGAUUUGAAAUGGAUUUUGGUUUGGUUCGAAUCGGUUUCGGUUCAGUCAGUUCGGUUCGAUCGGUUCGGUUCGAUUUUUUUGCCCACCCCUAUUAUAAAUUGUAAUAAUUGUCUAUUGGGGCCAAUUGGGUCUAGAGACAAGACUUGGUCUUCUACUUCUUCUUCCCCUUUCUCCCCUUUCAUAAAUAUUUCAUUUCUCAGGUUUCUAUAUAGUUUCUUCUCUAUCUUUUUAUAAAUGUUCUGCUUGUCUGCUAUCUCUUACAUUAAAUCUAACCCUAAAUCAUUAGUAUCCCUAAUUACGUUUUAAAAAUCCCAACUCCCUUUUUAAAUAUAUUUUGUUUGUUUUUUUCUCAGUUUGAUAUAUAUUGGCAUGGCUGGUCUCGAUCUAGGCACAACUUCUCGCUACGUUCACAACGUCGAAGGCGGCGGUGUUGGUCAGUUCUCCACCGACAACCACCACGAAGAUGGCGGUGGCGAUGGAGGAAACCACCAUCAUCACCAUCACAACCAUAACCAUCAUCAAGGUUUGGAUUUGAUAGCUUCUAAUGACAACUCUGGACUAGGCGGUGGCGGAGGAGCAAGCGGUGAGCUCGUUAUGCGGCGGCCACGUGGCCGUCCAGCUGGAUCGAAGAACAAACCGAAACCUCCAAUGAUCGUCACGCGCGAGAGCGCAAACACUCUUAGGGCUCACAUUCUUGAAGUCGGAAGUGGCUGCGACGUCUUCGAGUGUAUCUCUACUUACGCGCGGCGGAGACAGCGAGGGAUUUGCGUUCUUUCCGGAACAGGAACCGUCACAAACGUCAGCAUCCGUCAGCCGACGGCGGUCGGAGCUGUUGUGACGUUGCGAGGCACUUUCGAGAUUCUUUCCCUCUCUGGAUCUUUUCUCCCGCCGCCUGCUCCUCCAGGAGCGACGAACUUGACGAUACUCCUCGCCGGAGCUCAGGGACAGGUCGUCGGAGGUAACGUCGUUGGAGAAUUGAUGGCGGCGGGGCCGGUGAUGGUCAUGGCGGCGUCUUUUACGAACGUGGCGUAUGAAAGGUUGCCUUUGGACGAGCACGAGGAGCAGUUACAAGUCCAAAGCGGCGGAGCAAAUAUGUACACGGAAGCCACCAACGGAGGUGGAGGCGGAAGCUUGCCGUUCUUCAGUUUACCAAUGAGUUUGCCUCAUAUGGGAGUUGACAACUGGCCGGGGAAUUCCUCCGGCGCCGGUAGGGCGCCGUUUUAGCUACUGUUUUAACAAACUUGAAUUUGUUUUUUUUCAUAUUCUCUUUGUGGCGGAAUUUAUGGAGUUAUGAUUUUUUUUAAAAAAUUGUUCAUGUUUUCUCAGUACAUGGUUUAAGUUUUUUGUUUACUUAGUUAUCUAUAUAUAUUUUAAAGGUUCUAAAAUAAUAUUCGACUAUAUGAGUAGUUUCAU